AAACGAAAGGAACUUGGAGCAAAAUGCCGAUUGAUUUUUACUAUUUUCCACCGAGUCCACCGUGUCGGCAGGUUUUGCUUCUGGGAAAAGCGAUUGGGGUUCACUUUAACUUGAAAUCGGUGAACGUGUUGAAAGGAGAGCAAAUGGCGGAGGACUUCGUGAAGAUCAAUCCACAGCACACAAUACCGACUAUAAACGACAAUGGAUUAAUUUUGUACGAAAGUCGACCAAUUAUGGGAUACUUAGUCAAUAGAUACGCGAGAAAUGAUUCUUUAUAUCCUAAGGAUCCAAAAAAGCGGGCAGCUGUUGAUCAGAUGUUGUAUUUUGAUCUUGGUUCUCUAUUUGAAAAUAUCUCUAUGUGUUACUUCCCAGUGAUACUCGGCAAAACUCAUUCACUAAAUGAGGAACGCGUACGAGCAGUAGAGAAAUCGUGCGAAAUAUUAAACAAGUUCCUCGAAGGUAAAGAAUUUGUGGCUGGUGAUAAUCUGACGAUCGCUGAUUUCUCCAUCAGCACGUCUAUCUGCCUUUUGCACUGUUUCGAUUUCGACCUCGAUCGAUACGAAAACGUGACGAAAUGGUACAACAAUUGCAAGGAGCUCAUGGCUGGUUUCGAGGAUGUGCAUGCUCCAGGAACGAAAUUCUUUACCGAAGAGUAUCGAGCGAAUUUAGAAGGAUCCAGUUAAAACAGAAGCCGCGAGCAGAGUCGAGACGCUGUACGACUAUAAAUUUCUUGUUGGUGUACCGCCGAUGAUCGAGAUUAGACACGAAAGCUAUUUAGAUAGCUGUAAAUCAUCGUUUCGUUUAACCGAGGCUUCGUCUAGUAGAAAACACGAUUU